AUUUUUACAAAUAUAACGCGGGCUAAAGAGAAAUUGAAAAAAUUAUUACUGUUUCAAAUGUUGGUUUAGAACAGAAUUUUAUAUUGUAUUGUGCUUAAGAACUUAUUUAUGUUAUUUUUUUUUUAUUAAUUUUGAGAUAGUUUAGCUUUCACAAUGAUUAACAAUAGUGACAUGUCUACUUCAUCAAAUACUUGGUGGGAUAUGACGGUGGAUGACGCUGAUUUACAAAAGGUAUUUGAUACGUCAGUGUUAUCAGGAAAUAAAUCUCAACUGCGUACUUCUGAACAACAUGAUGGAUUUGACAAUAAUGUAGGUGAUACUUGGUUAUAUCCUAACAAUUUGCCUCAACGCGAAUAUCAGUUAAGCAUAGUGAAUAACUCGCUUUUUAAAAACACACUAGUUGUGUUGCCAACUGGACUUGGAAAAACUUUCAUAGCAGCAGUUGUAAUGUAUAACAUUUAUCGAUGGUAUCCGACUGGUAAAAUCAUAUUUAUGGCGCCCACUCGUCCGUUGGUGGCACAGCAAAUUGAGGCUUGCCAAAGUGUAAUGCCGUUUCCUGAUAAUGAUACAGUGGAAUUAACUGGGAGAUUACAACGCUCCCGUCGAAAAGAACUGUGGAAUACAAAACGUGUUUUCUUUGCUACACCUCACGUUGUGCACUCUGAUAUUAUAGCUUACCAAAAAGCAUGUGAAGAAUAUUCAGUGGAUUCAAUAUUUCCUUUUCAAAAAGUGAGACUUAUAGUCGUGGAUGAAGCUCACCGUGCCAGAGGCCGAUAUGCGUACAACGAGGUUAUCAGAACUAUAAAACAGCGUAAUAAUUACUUUAGAGUCCUAGCUCUCUCUGCGACACCUGGACGUACUAUGGAAGACGUCGCUGAAGUAGUUAAGAAUCUACUUAUUUCUCACAUUGAAAUUCGUUGUGACACAUCGGUCGAUGUACUGCCGUAUGUUCACAAACGUGUUAUGAAAACUAUUGUUGUAACUCUUAGUGAGGAUUUAAAGAAACUAUCUGAGGAAGUUCUAUCAAUAAUUAAUCCUUAUAUAAGGCAACUAGUUGAUUCCAAUGUAUUAAGUGGAUCACUGCAGAGAAUUUCUCGUAAUUUUCUGCUGUUCGAACAGAAACGUUUUCGGGAACGAUCGCAAUAUCAGCAGUAUCCAGAGAAGUCGUCAAUUACAACAAAUUUUUCAUUUUGCAUUAGUAUGUAUCAUGCGUUAGAGCUGUUGGAAAGGCAUGGUGUUCGAGUAUUUCUUAAUUAUUUUGAUGAAAGUGAUGAAGGGCACUGUAAGUUUGUACUUAAUAUGGAACCACGAAUAAAACGUUUGGUGGGUCGAUUGCAUGAUGAAUUGGGUCCGAACCCUUUUGAAUUUCCUUUACAUCCAAUGACAAAUGGACGACUUCCUAAAAUUUCAGAUAAUUUUUAUUUCGGUCACCCAAAGUUCGAACAAGCAAGAAACUGUUUACUUCACCAUUUCCAAGCUAAACCACACUCACGUGCAAUAGUGUUCUGCGAAUAUCGAGAAUCAGUUAUGCUUAUGUAUCAGUUAUUGCUUCAGCACCCCGCUCUGCUAAGGCCGCGUUAUUUUAUAGGUCAGGGGAAUAUAAACGGCUCCCUACGCCCAUUAACCCAAAAGCAGCAGAUCGAAAUCAUGCAAGGCUUCCGUAUCGGUAAAUACAACAUCCUUAUAUCAACUUCUAUUGGAGAAGAAGGCAUCGAUGUUGGCGAAGUGGAACUUAUAGUUUGCUUCGAUGUUAGCACAAAAAAUCCGCAACGAUUUAUUCAACGUAUCGGACGAACUGGUCGAAGGAAACAAGGCAACGUUGUAGUAUUAGUCACCGAAGGCCAGGAACAUCAGAUUUUAAAAGACGUUUUAGCUCAAAAGGAUCAAACUAACGCAAAAAUACUUCAAUCUACGGCAGUAAAAAAUUCAUUAUACAAAUGUUCUCCUAGACUGGUUCCUACCGACAUAGAUCCCAAAGUACUUCAAGUUUUUAUAAAGCCUCAAUCAAAGGGUAAUAAAGUCGAUAUGUUGAAGUAUAAAACCAAGAAUAGCAACACUAGUCAGGAUUUGAAAAGUUUUCUCAAAAGAAAAAUGAUAAUGAAACCAAGCUUCCAAGCCGAAAACCCUUCUCAACAUGGUUUACAGACACAGCAAAAUCUCGAAAAAUGUUUAAAUAAAAUAGAUAACUAUUUCAAAGAAUUUGAGGAUCCGGUAGCAUCUAAUACACAGUUGUUAAUGCCAAAUACAUUGUCUCAAAUAUCAGCAAAUAGAUUGCGUCAUUCUCAUAGCUUUCAAAAAUUACAAAAAAGUCUUGAGAAAAGUUGUUCAUUGAUACCAGCCAAGGCGCUAAUCACAAAUCCCAGAGAUCAAGUAAAAUCACCAAAUAUAUCUAAUGAAGGAAAAAUGUUUAUUUUACGUUCAUAUCCAUUCAUUGUAAAAGAUACUUUGGAGAAGAUGAAAAUACUGGAUAUACUAUCUCUGGAGUCUCAUGGAAUUACAUCUGAAGAAGGAGAUAUUCGGGUAUUUUAUGAUAUCAUUGAAAAAUUAUUAGGUGGUACACGUUCAGCUGUAGAAAACUUUAUUGAUCAAAUGGAUAUUAAUAGUAUGGUUGAAAAGAGCAUAUGUAAGCAUCCCUUUACUAAUAAGGAAUGUGAGGGUGAUUUCAAAAAUAUUUUUAAAGUGGUAUUUCAGAAGUUAGAAAAUCAAUUAUUUUUGUGCGACAAUUUUGACUACGUUCAAGACGAAUUAAAAAAAACGGAGUUUUAUAAUAUGUUAAAUCCUGACCCUGUGGAAAAUGCUUUACGCACUUUCUCAUAUUCACCAUCAGAAAAAGAAGUCGAGUCAAUGAUCUAUGAAACAAUUGUUUUAGACGAAGAGGGCUAUAGCAGCAAUCUGACAGAAUUCAACACUACCACAAAAUCUACAAUCCAAAGUAAUUAUCAGUGGGAUGAUUUCGAAAAAAAUGCCGCCAACAAAUCCACUCCUUUGCAUGGCCCAAUAGUUAAGUCUUUUCAGCGUCAGCUUUUAAAUUCUGAAAAGAAAAAUACGACAAAAGCAGGAGACUUAUUUUAUAAAUGGAAUGAGUGUAUCAGUGAAUCAAACCAAAGAGGUGAUUUGGAUAUUAUAUAUCUGUCUGAAACAUCUGCUGAUGCACCGACAGUGGUUAAAGAAAGAUCAACAAAUGUGAAAUCUAAUUUGCCUGAUAAUUCUUGUGAAUUGAAUGUCGCCUCUGAUGCAGAGCAAAGUAUUAAUCUAAAGAAAUCUAUUCGAAGGGAAUUAGAUUUUAAUAUGGAAUCGUUUUUGGAACCAUUCCCAGAAGAAAUUGAUGAUAAAAUUUGUUCCUUUAAAUUAACUAGCCGAAAAACAAACCUGAACUUAAGCCAGGAGGAAAUUGAAUUCAAUCCGGACUUAUCAAACAGAAAGGUAGCGCAUAAUAUCGUAAAUAUGAAUACAUCAAGUGAUUUUAAAUCUGUCUCAAAAGAACCAAUAUCUGAAAGAUCUGUUACACCACCAAUAAGACCUCAAUCAAUAUCUAAGUCAUAUGAAAGAUCACCAAGUCUUUUCGAAAUGUUUUUACAAAAUGUAAAAAAUAGUAGCAAUUUGUCAGAAAACAUAAAACGAAGCAUUUCCUUCGCUGAGAAUGAAGUUCGUAAAUCAUCUAUAUCCGCCAAAAAUAUGAAUUUAAAUUCCGCAGCCAAUUAUUUCAGGAUUGGCGAAAAAGUUGUGGAUUUUCCAUCCCCUGAAAAAACAUUAGGAAAACUAUUUACAAUUUGCAAUUCAAGUCAUGUUGACAUCACAAAGAAAAAUAACAGGGAGGCAAAUCGUGAAGCUUUCAUGGAGACUCAAGUUCCCAUAAAAUGCCUUGAAGUCUCAACUUCCACCAAGACUAAAACUUUUCAUACGGAAGCUCAAUUAAAGUCUUCGUUGAAUGAUUGUACAGAUACGAAGUCUGAAGCGGGUUCUGAAACAGAUUGCGAAGAAAUUACUGAAAUUAAAAAGUCAAAGGGUUGCGCCCGCCUUAAAGGGAAGCGCCCUCGACGAGUAGAAAACUUUCUUGAUGAUGAGGCCAUUGUUAGUGGCUGCGACGAAAGCGAUGAAGAACUAAGUGGCAUGCCUUGUAGUCAGAAUGUGAAGGAUUCCAUGAUUGUUUCAAGUGACGAGAUUGAAGUAAUGGACGAAAAUGAGAUUACAGCUACACAGAUGCACGCUCAUUACUUGCAAUCGAUCAAAAGCCCAAAACAUAUACCUCGUGGUGCUUUCAAAAUUCCUGUAUUUUACGAAUGUAAUGAUCGCAAUGACAUUUAUUCACAAACUGUUCCUUUAGAAUCUUCACAGUAUGUCUGCGAUUCCUUUGUAGUGGAUGAAGCAGAUGUUGCAAGACAUGUGGACUCCAGAAAUGAAUCUUUAAGUCCUUUAGAGCGAGCGGAACAUAUUCUGAAGAAGCGACGACGCUCGCGCAAAAAGUUCAGAGAGGUUGCCAAAGUCGAACACAGGCGACGUGUUUACCAAGUUCCUGACAGUUCUGAUGAUGAUUUAAAUCUUUAAGUCUUCAAAGUAAGAAUCUAAAGUUUUUUUCACUGUUAUGUGCUUCUAUUAUAAAAUUCAAAAUAAGGGAGUAUAAAUCUGUUUAAAUUUAUAUAUAUAAAAGUGUAUUAAUGAUUUUCCCGAGUA